CAAACACGACUCACGCAGCGCCAGACCAUGUGCUUAACUGGUAGUUCUGGCACCAAACGUUGAUUAUGAUGGCAGACUUUACAAUGUACGCGAUAACAAGACGUCCGCGCACGUAGAACUCUGAAGCACCGUGGUCACGGUCUGAGGUGCGCGAUGCAUGCCACGAUGUUUAAGACCGCGCGGUUCGCGAGCGCUAUGUGCUGGAUGUGCGAGUGUUUGGUGUUCCGGCGAGCGCUGCACGGCAAAAUUUAUCGUGAGCUGGAAAACGAGCACUUUCACGAAGUUCUGGAAAGUCGGCCCGAACUGAAGCACAGUGUUUUGAGGCAACCAAACAAGGAAAACAUGCACAAACUGCUUGAUGCUGCCGUCCCUGGGGUAGACGACUCCGUACGUCGAUUCGUUGAGCUUUCCGUGCACACGGACGAACACAGCUCAUGCAUCGAAGAUAGGAAACACAAACCAAUUAUAGAGGGUGUCGUUGUUAGCUUGCCUGCGACAUCUGACGAUGCCUUAACGUGUGCCCUUGCAGGCCUUUGCUUGUGGCCACAGACGGCGGCGACCACAACUCCGCAUUUCAAGCACCUAUGGAACGCGCUCGACAGCGAAUGCAGCGCACGAUGUCCUCGAUGGGACAAGCACCGUCAGCUUCUGCUGGCAGACUGUUUCUAUCAUCUGCGGCUCAGCAGGAUUUCUAGGUACAACAGAACCAUGCUUACUAUUGCCGGCCGCUCUAUCGACAAGCUCACGCCCCGCGAGCUGAUUCAGUACUUGUUCUACACGAAUUUGCAGCGUCGAAUGGUGCGAAACAUCAAGCCAAUCGUCGAAGAAAGGCUUCUGUCGAGUUUUGACGUGCUCACAGUUGCUGAAGUCGGAUUGGCCUGUCAAAGCUUUUUCAAGUCGCAGGAAAUAAUCGAGGACAAACGGCUGAUGGCACGCGUCGUGAAAUUGUUGGAAGAAAAUGCAGUGAAGGCAGAUAGUGUUACCAUUGGUGCAUUAGCUAAAGCACUUCGUUAUAGCCGGACUGUUCAUGACACAUCUGCGUGGGUGAAGGCUCUGACAGCCUGCGAGCCUGGGGUAGCCAGGUGGGCUCCAUCCACAGUGGCGCAUGUAACGACACUGGCAACCGCACUUAAGAGUUACCAUCCCGUUCUCCUGGAUACUGCUUUACAGCACCUAAUGGAACAGAUAAAAACCAUUCGGUUGAAGGAGAUCGCAAGAACACUGAAAGCUGUAGCACUGUUCAACCAUAACCCCGAAGAAUUCAACUACAAAUCAGUUUUACGCGAGCUGUCAAGAUCAUGUAGGAGGCCAGAAAUUGAAAAUCAUCAUCACAUGUUUGUGUCGGCAUUGUGGUAUCUGGCAGUUGUUGGUGUAUACUCUGCCGAUUUGCUGCGACUGGCAUUAAAUGACGAUCGUGUGUACGGGAGUCAGAAGCACAAGGAUGUUAGCUUUCAUGCGGAGGCACUCCAGAGCUCGGUGCAGGUUGAACUGCCCUGCUACACCGGACCGUUCCUAAGUCCUCACGUUCUCAAGAGCUUACAGACCGAACACCAUGUUGUUGGGCGUGACAUUGACGAAGGAACAAAAGGGUUGCACCACAGGGAGCAGGUUACGCUAGAAGUUGUGAAUCGGCUGCGGAUGCGGUUUGGCGAUGUGUGUACUGUCAAGCGUGCACUACCACACCAUCACUACCCCGACAUCUUGUUUUGUGUUGAACAGGAGGGAGGGUUGAAACUGUCAAGGUGUGAAUUGGAGCUCAUGAGUGGUGCAUGGCGUCCGGUCAAAACUGGCACAAAAGCUGCAUGCGCUGUAGUUGUGCAUGGGCCAGGAUCGUACUGCGCCAACACGAACAAGCUCUUGGGAAUAGAGACCAUGAAGUUGCGUCAGUUGCAACACGUGGGAUUUAAGGUAAUAGAAAUGCCCCAUUUCCUGCCAUCACAAAUGUCAAAGGUUGCAUUUGACUGCUGGCUCGAGCAACAGUUACGGGCUCAACUCACAACUGUAGAAAUUUUGAAUUCUUGUACAAUAAAAGGAGCUUCAUAAGCCAUGCCAUGCAAAUGAGGUAGUUAGCAUCUAUUUUUUUAGUAACGUCGUGCCAUUAUGAGGCUGCAGCAAGGCUGUGUCGAGCAUGCACCUGAGGUCUAAAAAAAAAUUAUAUACCCA